AUGGCAAUGAAACAAUAUGUAAAAGGUAAUAUUACAACAACAGCUGCAACAUCUGUUAAAUAUUUCACAAAAAUGUUAGCACAAAUUUGUGAAACGGUAAUUUUCAUGUUUCUUGGCUUAUCAACAAUUUCUAGCAAACAUCAUUGGGAUUUACCGUUUAUUGCAUUAACAAUCAUCUUCUGUUUGAUUUAUCGUAGCAUUG